AUGUCUGACAAGGGAGGAGGUGUGAAGACACGAGAAAGCGCGAAAAAGGAUGCAGGGAACACCGGCGCUGCUACAGGGAGGGAGGGCGACGCCGCCAUUAUGAACGAGUUGAAAGCCCUCAACAAGAAGUUGGAUGGAAUGUCCGCCAACUUCGAAAAGCAGCUAAAUAGUAAAGUUGACAAUCUUCGUUCAUCCUUGGAGAAGCUGAUUACCAAGUCCGGUGAGGCUCUAAAAGCCGAGAUCGAGAAGAAAGCCAAGGAAAUCCGGGACGAAUUCGACAUGGAGAUUGGUCAGCUGAGAAGCCGGGUAGAAGCCGUGGAGGCCAAACUAGGUGGCUCGAGCUCCAAGCCUAGCAACUUCGACCCCGAUGAGUCUAUCAUUGUGUCUGGUCUACCGUAUGACGAGGGGGAGGAUGUCCAGGAAAAGGUUAAGGAGCUUCUAGUUGAUGGCCUGAACUGCGACAUCGAGGCGGUAGCGGUGGAGAGAACGAAGCCCAGAGGCCGAGGCCCCGGCGUGGUGAAGGUGCAGUUCCGAUCCGUCCGGGAGAAGGUUGCGGUGCUCAGGGAGAAGCAGAAACUGAAAAACCACAACGCUUACGAGAGAGUGUACCUGAGAUCUGCGAAAUCCCACACCGACCGUCUCAUAGAACUGAACUUCAGGACAAUCCUGCGAGAGAUUCCCGGCGGCAACGAGUACUUCAUCACCGGAAGCGGGCGAUUCACGGAGGGAGAGCUUAUAUGGACGGACGGGGACGAGUAUCAUGCAGAUGAGUUUUCUAAUGCUACCGCCCUCUGGCAUCCAGACUACCCCAACACCGACGAGGCCGACUGUGUCUGCCAUGCCAGAGAUCACGGGGGCUACCUCAACAAGUGGGCUUUCGAGAGCUGCUUGAUAAAGAAAAAAUUCAUUUGUGAGAUCGAUAUUGACGAGUGCAGCGCCAAGCCAUGCCUGAACAACGGAACGUGCUACGAGCUGCACCCAGUAGGAUACAACUGCACCUGUGAACCUGGGUACGAAGGAGACCAUUGUGAGACAAAUAUCGACGAAUGUGCAACUGACACAGACAACUGUCACGAUGAUGCAACAUGUACUGACAUAGACGGCAGUUUCACCUGUACCUGUAACACCGGUUACACCGGGGACGGAGUCUCCUGUACUGAUAUCGACGAAUGUGCAAUUGACACAGACAACUGCCACGCUGAUGCAACCUGUGGUAACGCAAUCGGCAGUUUCACCUGUACCUGUAACGCCGGUUACACCGGGGACGGAGUCUCCUGUACCGAUAUCGACGAAUGUACAACUGACACGGACAACUGCCACGAUGACGCAGGCUGUACAAAUACGAUCGGUAGUUUUACAUGUUCCUGUGAUACCGGUUACAGCGGAGACGGAGUAAACUGUGUUGAUAUCGACGAGUGUGCAACUGACACAGCCAACUGCCACACUGAGGCAACCUGUACUAACACAGACGGCAGUUUCACCUGUGCCUGUAACACCGGUUACAGCGGGGACGGAGUCUCCUGUACUGAUAUCGACGAAUGUACAGACGGCUCGGACAAUUGCCACGACCAAGCAACCUGUACUAACACAGACAGCAGUUUCACCUGUGUCUGUAACACCGGUUACAGCGGGGACGGAGUCACCUGUACUGAUAUCGACGAAUGUACAGACGGCUCGGACAAUUGCCACGACCAAGCAACCUGUACUAACACAGACAGCAGUUUCACCUGUACCUGUAACACCGGUUACAGCGGGGACGGGGUCACCUGUACUGAUAUCGACGAAUGUACAGACGGCUCGGACAAUUGCCACGACCAAGCAACCUGUACUAACACAGAGAGCAGUUUCACCUGUGCCUGUAACACCGGUUACAGCGGGGACGGAGUCACCUGUACUGAUAUCGACGAAUGUACAGACGGCUCGGACAACUGCCACGAACAAGCAACCUGUACUAACACAGACGGCAGUUUCACCUGUGCCUGUAACACCGGUUACAGCGGGGACGGAGUCACCUGUACUGAUAUCGACGAAUGUACAGACGGCUCGGACAAUUGCCACGACCAAGCAACUUGUACUAACACAGACAGCAGUUUCACCUGUGCCUGUAACACCGGUUACAGCGGGGACGGAGUCACCUGUACUGAUAUCGACGAAUGUACCGACGGCUCGGACAAUUGCCACGAACAAGCAACCUGUACUAACACAGAGAGCAGUUUCACCUGUGCCUGUAACACCGGUUACAACGGGGACGGAGUCUCCUGUACUGAUAUCGACGAAUGUACAGACGGCUCGGACAACUGCCACGAACAAGCAACCUGUACUAACACAGAGAGCAGUUUCACCUGUACCUGUAACAACGGUUACAGCGGGGACGGAGUCACCUGUACUGAUAUCGACGAAUGUACAGACGGCUCGGACAAUUGCCACGACCAAGCAACCUGUACUAACACAGAGAGCAGUUUCACCUGUGCCUGUAACACCGGUUACAGCGGGGACGGAGUCUCCUGUACUGAUAUCGACGAAUGUACAGACGGCUCGGACAAUUGCCACGAACAAGCAACCUGUACUAACACAGAGAGCAGUUUCACCUGUGCCUGUAACACCGGUUACAGCGGGGACGGAGUCACCUGUACUGAUAUCGACGAAUGUACAGACGGCUCGGACAACUGCCAUGAUGAUGCAACCUGUGCUAACACAGACGGCAGUUUCACCUGUGCCUGUAACGACGGUUACAACGGGGACGGAGUCACCUGUACUGAUAUCAACGAAUGUACAGAGGGCUCGGACAACUGCCACACUGAAGCAACUUGUGCUAACACAGACGGCAGUUUUACCUGUUCCUGUAACGUCGGUUACGACGGGGACGGAGUCAACUGUGGUGAUAUCAACGAAUGUGGAGCUAACACGGACAAUUGUCACGCUGAUGCGACCUGUGGUAACACAAUCGGCAGUUUCACCUGUACCUGUAACAGCGGUUACACCGGGGACGGAGUCACCUGUGAUGAUAUCAACGAAUGUACAGACGGCUCGGACAACUGCCACGACCAAGCAACCUGUAGUAACACAGAGAGCAGUUUCACCUGUGCCUGUAACACCGGUUACAGCGGGGACGGAGUCUCCUGUACUGAUAUCGACGAAUGUACUGACGGCUCGGACAAUUGCCACGACCAAGCAACCUGUACUAACACAGAUAGCAGUUUCACCUGUGCCUGUAACACCGGUUACAGCGGGGACGGAGUCACCUGUACUGAUAUCAACGAAUGUACAGACGGCUCGGACAACUGCCACGACCAAGCAACCUGUACUAACACAGACGGCAGUUUCACCUGUGCCUGUAACACUGGUUACAGCGGGGACGGAGUCACCUGUACUGAUAUCGACGAAUGUACAGACGGCUCGGACAACUGCCACGAACAAGCAACCUGUACUAACACAGACAGCAGUUUCACCUGUACCUGUAACAACGGUUACAGCGGGGACGGAGUCUCCUGUACUGAUACGGACGAAUGUGCAGAUGGCACGCACAACUGCCAUGAUGAUGCAACCUGUGCUAACACAGACAGCAGUUUCACCUGUGCCUGUAACGGCGGUUACAACGGGGACGGAGUCACCUGUGCUGAUACGGACGAAUGUGCAGAUGGCACUCACAACUGCCACGCUCAGGCAACCUGUACUAACACAGACGGUAGUUUCACCUGUACCUGUAACAACGGUUACACCGGGGACGGAGUCACCUGUAGUGAUACGGACGAAUGUGCAGAUGGCACGCACAACUGCCACGAUGAUGCAACCUGUACUGACACAGACGGAGGCUUCACCUGUACCUGUAACAACGGUUACAGCGGGGACGGAGUCACCUGUGCUGAUAUCGACGAAUGUGACAUGUACAUGGGCACGAACAACUGCCACGCUCAGGCAACCUGUACUAACACAGAAGGCAGUUUCACCUGUACCUGUAACACCGGUUACAGCGGGGACGGAGUCACCUGUACUGAUACGGACGAAUGUGCAGAUGGCACGCACAACUGCCAUGAUGAUGCAACCUGUACUAACACAGACAGCAGUUUCACCUGUGCCUGUAACGACGGUUACAGCGGGGACGGGGUCGCCUGUGCUGAUAUCGACGAAUGUGACAUGUACAUGGGCACGAACAACUGCCACGCUCAGGCAACAUGUACUAACACAGACGGCAGUUUCACCUGUACCUGUAACACCGGUUACAGCGGGGACGGAGUCACCUGUGCUGAUAUCGACGAAUGUGACAUGUACAUGGGCACGAACAACUGCCACGCUCAGGCAACCUGUGCUAACACAGAGGGCAGUUUCACCUGUACCUGUAACACCGGUUACAGCGGGGACGGAGUCACCUGUACUGAUAUCGACGAAUGUACAGACGGCUCGGACAACUGCCACGAACAAGCAACCUGUACUAACACAGACGGCAGUUUCACCUGUACCUGUAACAACGGUUACAGCGGGGACGGAGUCUCCUGUACUGAUAUCGACGAAUGUGCAACUGACGCAGACAACUGUCACACUUACGCAACCUGUACUAACACAGAGGGCAGUUUCACCUGUACCUGUAACGACGGUUACAGCGGGGACGGAGUAAACUGUGAUGAUACAGACGGAUGCGUCGGUGCGACGUGUCUCAAUGGUGGAACAUGUAUUGACGAUGUGGAUGGUUACACCUGUGACUGUGCCUAUAACUUCGAGGGUGAUCACUGUGAAAUAGGCUGCGAGGAAGGUUCUUACUUAUACAACGGCGUGUGUUACUGGUUCUCGGACUUCUGGCGGGAAUAUAGUUACGCAGAGCGGGCGUGCGCGGAUAGGGGCGCCAUGAUGGCGAUGAUAAAGGAUGCCGAGACGCACCAGUUUCUUGCAAACCAGAUCCAGCUCACCCAGAAUGGAAAGAGCCACUGGUUCGGACUAUCUGACCGACUGGUAGACUUUGAGUACAGGCAUAGCGACGGGAGCACGCUAGGGUCUUACCGGCCCUGGAGGGAAGGAGAGUUUGAGACCGACCACGUCCAUAAAGGCUGUGUCAUGCUGUGGCACCGCAAGCAAUUCAAGUGGGCCACCACCCAGUGCGAGCACCGAUGGAACCUGUUCUUCAUCUGCGAGAAACCUGCCAUUAUAACACCUCUCGUAUAAUCAGCGCUGCCUCCACGGACUUAAACGUUGCCAUAGCAACAGCAUUGCCAUGGAAACCGAAUUGGACUCGACGUCGUCGAUUUAAGAACAAAAGCUUUAAUUAACUAAAACCAAAGAUACGUAAAAUUAAUUCCGUUAAGAAUUGUAGACCUAGAAUUAUGUGAACUUUAUCCAGUUAGCUGAUUUAACCAUACUCGUCACUUCGAAAUUACUAUCA